AUGAAAUCCUGGAGCAGGAGAUUCAAGAGAGAAGAAGAUGGGAGCGUGGACGGGUCCUCCGCCAGCAGCAAGACCCCCGUCAGGGAUCCUUCAGUGCCUGUGUGGGUCACUCACACGCCCACACCGGACAACAUCACAGACGACGGGGACGAGGACUCCACAUCCAGCACUGCAUCUUCUGCUGACAAACAGAACAGAGACAUGAAAGGCAACAUGAAAGACCGGCUGAAAUCCCUCAUCCCCCAGUCAUGGGCCGGCAUCAUCCAUAAAAGGACAAAGGAAAGUGACUCUGAAGCCGGCUCAACCGGGAUCCAGAUCCUUCCCAACGGGACCAGAGUGAGCCCUCCUGUGAGUCCGCUGGUGGAGCGCAGGGCCUGGGAUGGAUCAAUGGGAGGCUCCAGCCACAACUCACACAAGCCGCUGUUAAGGGAAAGUCCUACUGAUGAUCUGUUUUAUCACAGCCUGCAAGAGGAGUCUCUUCUGACCAGCAUCCACCCUGCAGAGUACUACGCAGAGAAGGUGGAGGUCUACAAACAGAAGUACUCCUAUUUGAAGUCGUGGCCAGGGCUGCUCCGGCUUCUGGCUGGACUUCAGCUCCUGUUUGGGGGAAUGGUCUUUGCAUGUGUCAUCGCCUACAUUCAGAAAGACAGCGAGUGGUCCAACACCUACAGACUCUACAACGGCGUGUAUAACAACGGGCUUGGCGUGUCAGGGUACAGCUACAGCGGCCCCAUGACUCCUUUCAUCUUGGCUGUAGCUGGAGUCUCGUGGAUCAUUACCUUUUGUCUCUUGGUGAUGGGGAUGACCAUGUACUACCGCACCAUCCUCCUGGACUCCCUCUGGUGGCCCCUGACGGAGGCCUUCAUUAACGUGGCGCUGUUCCUGCUCUACAUGGCGGCAGGGAUCGUAUACCUGAACGACCUGAACCGCGGAGGGCUGUGCUACAUGACUAUCGGCGUUAACCCCAUCAUGUCCAACCUGUGUCGCGUCGACGGGGGCCAGAUGGCAGGCACGGCUUUCAUCUUCAUCAACAUGACGAUGUAUCUGGCCAGCUUCCUGGUGUGUCUGAAGAUGUGGAGGCAUGAAGCCACGCGGCUGGAGAGGCAGCACUUUGAGAAUCAGUCUCACCAGUCCAUCCCACUGACCUCGAAGAGGACAAAACGCAUAUCAUUCAGAGAUGAACCAGAUAAACCUUUGAAUAGCGAUUACAACAACCAGCCUGCACUCCUGUCUGAGGUCCACAGGAACCCAGUGGGUCUGAACACGGCGUCAGCAUACGUCCCCAAAGUGCACAUCAUCGCCGACUACAUCAUGAAAUAUCCAGAGAUCAGCUGUGUGGAGGAAAGGGAAAAGUACAAAGCUGUCUUCAACGACCAGUAUCAGGAGUACAAAGACCUCCACAGAGACAUCAGCACAACACUGGAGAAGUUCAGAGAGCUGGACGCCAUGAUGGAGCAGCUCCCCAAGGAGGGCAAGAGCCACAAGGAUCAACAAAGGAUUCAAAGCAUUCUGAAAACGUAUCGGCAGAAAAAGAGUGAUCCUGCGUUCCUGGAGAAAAAGGAACGCUACGACUAUCUGAAAGCAAAGUUGAGCUACAUUAAAAACAGAAUCCGCACUUUUGACCAAGAAACCACAUCCAGUGAUCGGACAUGA